AUGCGAUGGCCACCAUGGAGCACCGAGUCGACCAAUGACGAAAAACAAAGCUCCAUCCUCGACUGGCGGGCCUACACAGAACCGCGAACCCUCGCCUCAACCCUCGUCCUAACGAGCGGCAUUCUCCUCGCAGUGCGAUUCCACCGAUCCUACCUACGCAGAAUCCCCGACGCACCCAGCAUCUCGGCAUCAUACCUCCGCCGCCGCAGUAUCCUAGGCAAAGUGACCAGCGUCGGCGACGGAGAUAACUUUCGCAUCUUCCAUACGCCCGGCGGUCGUCUAGCAGGAUGGGGCUGGUUACCUUGGAAAAAGGUUCCUACGAGCAAGAAAGAGCUAAAAGAUAAUACUAUCCACAUCCGACUAGCAGGCGUCGAUGCCCCCGAACUUGCGCACUUCGGCAAACCCGAGCAGCCGUACGCGCGCGACGCCCACACCUGGCUAACGAGCUACCUGAGCGGACGGCGGGUGCGCGCGCUUGUCCAUAGGCAAGACCAAUAUUCACGGGUAGUAGCAAGCGUGUACGUGCGGCGGGCGGUGGACUUCCCUCCAUUCCGCCGGCGGGACGUUUCAUACGAGAUGCUGCGGCGGGGGCUGGCGACUGUGUACGAGGCGAAGGUUGGGUCUGAGUUUGGGGGGGAGAAGAUGGAGAAGAAGUAUCGGAAUGCGGAAUGGUGGGCGAAGAAGAGGGCGAAGGGGCUUUGGAGGGACUAUGGGGUUGGUGGUGGGAAUUGGGAGAGUCCGAGGGAGUAUAAGAAUCGGGUUGGCAAUGGGGAUGUCGAGAAGAAAUAG